GCCAUACUUGUUUUGAGAGCAAAACGAAACGUUUCAAAAAUCUUUUGAAAACCUUCUCGUCUUCAAAUUUAUCAUCUACCGAUCCUAUUCUUAACUAUGAACAACAACGAGCAACAGCUUCAAUUGCAAAGACAGCAACAAAAAUCGCUGUCUUUCUUGGAAGAGCAAUUCUUAAUGUCUGAAGAAUUGAAAGAAAUUAAGGACGCAAUUUUCGACUAUUUGACAAAAAAAACAAUGAGACCCAUUUUACUAGCUGGUCUAAACUUGAGGACGUAUUUGGGAAGAAUGGGUCGAUCGGUAGUAAUUGCCGGGCAAAGAACAAGGGCCAAGAAACGCAGAAGUGAAACUGAAAGUGGCGACGGAAAUGAAACACCGGAAGGCCUGGAUUCUGCCAGACGAGGUAAGUCAAGUUUGAUCCAGAGCCGUAUGAAACAAGUAUUUGACAAUAUCCAAGCUCACCGUACGAAAGAUACCGAAGGACACAAGAAAAGAUCCGGAGGUUCCGUCGCUGAAGGUAGGUUAGAAAUGAGAGACGGAAAAGUAAAACCAGGUUUCCAAGCUGGCAAAGCGUCUUCUGCUGACAUAGAGGAUCUGGAGGAAACUGUGACUCUUAUCCGGUAUAGUUCACCUGAGGAUGUUGAUGAAUUGAUUAGACAAUCUGGAGGUAAAUGACAUUCCUAUACAAUUAAGAUGUAAAACACAGAUUGAAACAGGGAGGGCGUCUAUUGUAAAACGUGCCAAGACGCAUUUUCCACCUCGUAAGAUCAAGUCUAUCCUGAAAACACGUAAACGUUGCAUAUCCAACGAUUCGGACGAUGAUGAACGAGCAAUCACAUACUCCCAGUCUACUGGGGAUGAAAAUCGGAGAUCACGAGAUGCUAUGGCUGAUGACAGUGAAGAUGAAGAAGUCUUGGGGGAGAGGGUGGUUUACACGCAGAUGUCUGUACCUAGAAAUCCUGACAAAUUUAUAAACAAAGCGGUUCAGUUGAAUGUAGUUGAAGCUGCUCCCAUGGAGGAUCCUCAACUUCAUAACUUGGUUUUUACCGAAAUUUCUACAUCUAAACCAUUUGAUGACUCGUCUAAUGCAUCACAAGACAUCUAUACGUCAGAAGAAUUGCAGACAACCAUUCAAGAGAGCACACUGGGAUCUGAACAAGUUAGUGAAACUAACAGAGACAGUCAAUCUGAUGAAUCGAAGAGUAAUUUGCCAGGAUCUAUCAUCAAUAAACGAUCAGAGCCUCAGAAGAAGUUCUGGAUGUGUAUGCAACAUAACGAGAAAAAAGAGUUCACUUUGACUUUACCCAAAGUCGUGAUAGCAUCCAACGAUCGAGAGAAACAAAAACACUGGGUAAUAUCAGCUGAUAUGAUAAAGCCCGGGAUAAAGCGAACUGCGGGCGUUUCGAAAGAAAUGUCUUCUCAAAUCGAAGAAAAAAGAAGUCGAUUUAUUUCUUCAGAGGAUGCGAAGCUUUUGAACAGACUACAAAGAUAUCCAGCAUCCGAUAAUUCUGACAGCUCUGAUUAUGAUUCCGAAAAGGAAACGUAUUUGUCGUCCGACGAUGAUUUCGUUUCAACUGAUGAUGAAGGACUCGUCAUACAGGUAGAUGAUGAUCUGGUUACUGACGAGGAAGAAUUUAUACCUUUUGGCGCACAGGAUCCUGCCACAUACGACGACAAGCAAACGUCUCGUGUGGUAGUUCCACAUAUUCUCGAUGAGAACGACUCUGACAUUUUACCUAGGGAAUAUGUGGAAAUGGUAGGAUCAGAGCUUUUGACACUUGAGCAUGAAAGUGAGGUGGCAGUGGGUGGUCUUCGGGCUCAAUUAUCAAUUAUAACCAACCAUCUGCGCCAAGGUAAAAAGACAAUUAAAGACCAGCUUAAAACCGACACAAGAAUAAAGAAAAAAGCUUUAAAGCACCGAUGUAGAAGAGCGACAGCUUUGUAUGACUUUUUCAAAAUGGACGAGAAUCGUGCAUUUUCCCGAGAACUUGGAAGAAUGGCAGAAAAGCUGAAGCAGUCAUGUGUGCAUCAUCAACCAGCGUUUGUUAAUCUAAUAACACCAGAGAUAGAUAUGGAAAACGUUGGUUCAUUAAAUUAUACAUCCUGGCUUACUCCAAUAGAGGAACACCAGUUUCAGUUAAAAGAUAAAUUAGGGCGGGUUGAAGGCAAUGUCAAAGGCUUUUAUGCCAUAUCUGAAACUGGGAGAUUCCUCUCGAUUGACAAGAAACUGGUAAAUUAUACAAAGAAAUUUGAAAGUUUAUCAGUUGCUUGGAAUGGAAAGCUGGCACUAUUAUCAACAGGGAAGACAGACAUUGCCAAAAUAAGUAUUCUAACCGACCAUUUCGCGGAAUAUGAAAAUCUUAAAGUCCUUUCCGAAGUGAAAAUAUGUACCCCAUUUUUCAGUGUGUUUGAGCACACUAUUGCUUUCGUUACGAAUGAUCAAGUCAGAUUCUACUUAAAAAAUUCGAAGAACGUUUGGAACUAUGAAUUGAAAACCUUCAAGCCGGAGAACUGCAUGGUUAUUGAUGACAACAUGUAUUUGGUACAGAAUGAUAGAAUAUUGGAAAUCAAUAGCGAGACGAGAGACACUAUGAUAUACGAAAGCGUACUGAGAACUGACACCUUCUCAGUAGAAAAGCUAAUUCACUUCGUUCGAAAUGGGUUUAGAAUACUUACAACUACAGAAAACUUACACGUAUUUAAUCCUGAUAAAAAAGAUUGUUCCUACUACUUGAUGAAUUCGACUUUUGAAGAUAAAAUUUUGCUGAGUUACUACAUCACUCAAGCCAGCAUCAUCUUUUGCUUAAGGAGCAAAGAUGACUUUAAAGAUUUAUCUAUUCAAAAAUUUCCCUUAGAGGAGUCGUAUUUCUGAUAUGAUAAGUUUUCUGUAGAUUGUUUAUUUGUACAUAUUACAUUAAUACUCUACUUUUUAUGAAAUUUAUGUAGAGAAACACUUGAAUAAUUGAUAUAUGUAUAUAAAUAUAUAUAGUUUUUUUGUGUACAGUAUGAUAUUAUGUAUAUUGUUGCAUACAUGUAAACUUUGAUAACUUUAUUUCUUGAAUACUUUAUGAUAAAUGUAAAUUUUACUGUAUUUUUUUCUAUAUAUAUAUAAAUGUAAAUAUGU